CAGGCCAGCGCGCCAAAUAGAUAUUGCCAACAAAAGGAAGGCAGUAAACAGCGUUUAUUUAACUUCUGAAUAAUUAAUCAGAAAACGUACCUGUUGAAGUCGUUUAGACGCUUGAAAGUAAAUAUUUACCGACCAAAACUCGGAUUGACGGACGCGGCCAGGAUGGGUUUGCUCGAGCGCUGCCAGGAGCUCUUCAAGACCGCGAACCUGUACGAGGUGCUGGGUAUCAACAAAGAGGCAACCGAGGCAGAGAUCCGGAGGAGCUACUACAAAGUGUCGUUGAAAGUCCACCCAGAUCGGGCUCCUGAAGACCCGCUGGCCACAGAGAAAUUUCAGGUGUUAGGAAAGCUGUAUGCGGUGCUGAGCGAUAAGGAGCAGAGAGCUGUUUAUGAUGAGCAGGGGCUGGUGGAUGAAGAGUCUGACGUCCUGAGUCAAGACCGCUGCUGGGAAGACUACUGGAGACUGCUCUUCCCUAAGAUAACAGUGCAGGACAUCCUUGAAUUCGAGAAGAAAUAUAAGGGCUCUGAUGAGGAGCGGCAGGAUGUGAUCCAGCUGUAUGUGCAGCACCAGGGGGAUAUGGACGCCAUCACGGCCUCAGCUCUGUGCUGCUCCCAGGAAGAUGAGCCCAGGCUCUGCAGCAUCAUCCAGGCUGCCAUCGAGAGCGGAGACGCCACAGCAUUCCCAGCGUUUACUCGGGAGAGUGAAAAGAAGAAGAGGGCUCGUAGGAAGAGGGCUGAUAGAGAGCGACAAGAAGCAGAAGAAAUGCAGAAAGAGAUGGGGCUCGGUGAUCAGGAUGACAGUCUUGUGAUGAUGCUUCAGCAAAGACAGAAGUCCAGAGAGUCGAAUUUUAACAGUUUCCUUUCUGACCUGGAAGCCAAAUACUCCAAAAAAAGUGGGAAAUCCAAAAGAGGAAAAAAGUAAAAAGCAUACAGGCUCUGGUUAUAGCAGAUAAAGUGUUCAUAAACUGCAGCAGAUAUCGUCCUUUGUUCAACCCCCCCCCCCCCCACACACACACACACACACACACACACACACACACACAGACCUUUUUAGAUUAAAAAGAGCGUUUAAGGACAUGUAUGAGCAGCUGCCUGACUGCUCCCUUUCAUCCGGACUACGUAGCUUUUCAUGUGACACUUAUUAAAAUGUAAAUGCAUCUUUACAAAAUAAAUUCAUAUUUAUAUACAUAAUUUGUACACAGCUUUUUAUUCUUUUGUAUAAAACAGUCAAAGAAAAUGCAUUGAAGAAAAGCUUUGAUUUUCCAGCUUUGUCACCUUUGUAGCAUGGCUGUCCGAUAUAUUUUAAAAAAGAAUUGAAGGAAAACUACACUUUGUGCAGUAACCCUGAUGUUACCUGUCAAAGUGUCCCCACAUGGCUUUGCUCAGAUAUUAAGGAAAAGAAUUACCACGAAUACAGUAUUUUGUACAGACAUUUAGUUAUUUACAUAGUUUCCUACA